GUUGCCUGUUCUUUUGAUUGAUAGGUGUGGCAGGACUUUAUGUUUGCCUGUGCCCUUUAUCCAGUUGAGCAGAACUUCCUGAAGUCAGUGAGAGCCGAAGUUACUUACCAGAUCAGGAGACUCAAAUCUCACCCCUGCAUCAUUAUUUGGAGUGGCAAUAAUGAGAACGAAGUGGCACUGAGGAUGAACUGGUUUCAGACAUCCUUUGACUUGGAAACCUACUUUAAGGACUACGUAAACCUCUAUGUGAGAAACAUCAGAGAGAUUGUCUUACAAGAAGACAAGAGCCGUCCUUUUAUUGCAUCCAGCCCUACCAAUGGGGCCAAAACUGUGGCAGAAGGCUGGAUCUCUGAAGACCCUGACAGCAGCCUUUAUGGAGACAUACAUUUUUAUGACUAUCUCAGUGACUGCUGGGAUUGGAAGGUCUUCCCCAAAGCUCGAUUAGUAUCCGAAUAUGGCUACCAGUCCUGGCCUUCAUUUAGCACACUAGAAAAGGUCUCAACUAAAGAAGACUGGUCUUACGGUAGCCACUUUUUCUUUCACCGGCAGCAUCAUGUAAAUGGUAACGAUGAAAUGCUUCAACAGGCUAAUCUUCAUUUCAUACUCCCCCAAAGGAAAGAUUCCUUACUCAGAUUAAAAGAUACUAUCUACCUUACUCAGGUAAGUCAUCUUCAGUGUGGAGUUGACAGGCUUCUACUCUGAACAUAUGCAAUCUUGCAGAUUUUGUCGGCUUUGUGUGGUUUGCAUUCUCUUGAUUAAGGCUUUUGUUUUUUUUUUUCAUAAUUCAGUUAUGAUAACCCAUAAGACCUGCACUUCAUUUUUGGCUUUGUUUCUCCUACAAGAAUAGCUUAGGAAAUUCUAAAACAAAUUGUGUAUUAGGAUGUUUGCAAGUUUAAGAUUAGCAUAAAGGUUGAGCAAUAAAGACAAGAGUGGAAUUUCCCUAGAAGGACAGAGAUGGACUCACAUAUGAUAUGGCUAGAGGCUUUCUGACUGUGCAGCCUGGAAAUUCACGUGGAAAAGAAUAUAGUAGUAGUGAAGUAUGCUGCACCGAGUGGAUAGAUUUACAGGAAAAUGAAAGUCCUCCAUGUGUACAAAUUAAUUUCACCACUGACCUGAGAUUUAAAGGUGAGGGUUUGGAACAGAGCCAUGUUUACAUGCUCCAGGCCUUGGGUUUGAUCCCCGAGACAAAAAAAAAAAACCUGAAAUAUAGAAGCGGUUCAUCAACUCCUUGGAGAGAACACAAGACAAUAUCUUCAUGACUUUGAGACAGAUGAAGAGUUCCUAAAACUUAGCUGGGCAUUGGUGGCACAUGCCUUUAAUCCCAGAACUUGGGAGGCAGA